UUAUCGAGGCGAGCGAUUUGUUUCGAUAUCUAGUUGUGUUGUUGAAGCAGCAGCAGCUUGUUGUCACCGUCCGUCGUAGAUAGGCGUGUGUUUGCAUUUCAUGCUGUUUAGUAGUGCUGCGUUCUGAUCAUCAUUAUAGAUAUCCACGCGAAGGGCGAACCAUUUGGAUAGAACGUUCUAAGUGCGAUGAUGACGACGUUCUGAGGAAGUGCUUCUAGCUCGUGGAGCCACAUAUGGACUUUGUUUGCGUGUUUGGAGUCAGGUGGAAAAAAAGGUGAAUACAGUUGAGAGGCUUAUUUGUCGUUUGAACGGAUCUAAUUGUUUGUUGUUGAAUCGCGCGCCGCCGGAAGGAGAAGAAUCUGUAAUGUUUUUCAUGUGAAAUGAAUAUUUGUCAAUCGUAUCAAUAACCGAAAGGAAGAAGUGUGAUUCGAAAGUUGUAAGUUGCUUCACAUGUGGAAGAUAAUGAAUUUUGCCGGAAACCGGUUACGACAGUGCUGCUGAUGAUAAACCUCCGCGACCAGCCGAAAAGAGUGGAUGUGGAUGCGAUUCAAUAGUGUGUACAAGUUGCGACGUUAAGUGCAUCGAAAGGUGGAAGAAGUGGACAAUAAAAAAUACUAUUGCUAAAACAUCGUUGGUUGGGUGACAAGGGAAAAUAUUGUUACACAGCUUACUGCCGUUGCGCGAAGUGCAGUGUAGUAUUUGCCACAGCACUAAAAGACAACCAUAAGGCAGGUGUGACGGAGUGUUUACACAACAAAACAGCGAAUGUAUUUCAUAACUCUUCAACCGUCAUCCACCUGAACCAGACGACGGCUAAUGCUUCCGACGAAAAAAAAGUGUCUCGUGAGCAAGAUUCUGAUCAAUCGUGGAUUACUACCUUUUAACACUUCGACGGCAGCCUAAAACCGGCGUCAGAUAAGCAGAGGAAAAGAAAACAGCACGAAGAAAUCAUAAGCCUCAGUAAACCCAAAAUGGCAUCAUGGACUUGAGCUGCGGGGCACGUUGAGAGGCGACAGAAAGUGGUGACCGUCCUUUUUCGGGUGUUUUCGUUUCGUAGAUAAAUAGCAACAGAUAAUGAUCGAUGGUGAAGUGAGAUAGCGUGCACGCGGUUGGAAUUAAAUUACAGGAUUAGUGAUUGAUGAUAAGGGAAGACAAAAAUCUCCACCAGUGUGACGAGUGUAGUGACGCGAUUGGGUUUCGCAGUGAAAAUAAAGGCACAAUCAUGUCCGACAUCUGUGAUUUCGAGUGGUCCAACAACCGCUUCCGGCACAAUCUGACCAUAUCGGAUCUGAAGGGUUACAACAAAAAUGAGCCCACGGAUCGGAGUCGGGCUCUGAUAGCGCUGAAGGAGCUGAUCGGAGCUAGCAUGGAUUAUGCCUUAAAAGAUAAGUCCUGCUUUCAGGACGAUGAGUUUUUGCUUCGAUUUCUGUAUGCGCGGAAGUUUAAUGUGAACGACGCGUUUCAAUUAGUGAUUAAUUAUCAUGCAUAUCGACAACGAAAUGGAUCGCUGUUGCAGAGGUUAUCAGUGUUGGAUGAAAAUAUACAGCUGGCACUGAGGGAUGGAUUUCCGGGAGUGCUACCGAAUAGGGAUCGACGAGGCAGGAAAGUGUUGAUAUUCCUUGCUGGGAAUUGGGAUUAUUCAUCUUACUCGCUAGUCACGGUGUACAGAGCGAUGUUGCUAUCGCUGGAAAAGCUGCUGGAGGAUAAACAGAAUCAGGCGAACGGGUUCAUUGCGAUUGUGGAUUGGACCAACUUCACAUUCCGACAGUCGUCCAAUUUGAAUCCUAAGGUGUUGAAACUGAUGAUCGAAGGCCUACAGGACUGUUUCCCGGUACGCUUCAAAGCGAUUCACUUCAUCGGUCAACCGUGGUACGUCGAGGCGGCGCUAGCCGUAAUCAGGCCCUUCCUCAAGGAGAAAACCCGCGAACGGAUAAAGCUGCACGGCGGAAACCUCUCCACGCUGCAUGACUGCGUCGCCCGUGACAUUCUCCCCACGGAGCUAGGAGGCGAAGGGCCCACCUUCAAUCCGCUCAACUGGUACCACGAACUACUAGAAUCGAGCCAAAUCGCAACCAAACCUGCGCCAUCGUACAUUCUAAGUCAACCCCAGUACUACACCAAAUCCCCGCCGCCGUUGACAACGACGACCACGAUCACGACGGGUUCGGAUUUCCUGAAAAGUACCAAAGCAGCGGCGGUGAAGAUCGGUGUGCUCACUACCAAAGCGAACGAUCCGGCCGCGAACACCCUGCUCGGCGUGGGGAGCGACACGUGACGGUCGUUUGCCGGCUCGGAACAGCACCCGGCGGCGAUGGUGUCUGACGGUUCGAUAUCUCGAUGAUGCAAGGUCCUGAUCUCAAAUUUCUACAUUUGUUUAUUCAUUCAUCCAUUUCGUGUGUUUGCCGCCGACAACCGCACGUUUCUGCAUCAACGGCCGGAUAUGUUGAUACACCCAUGUGCGCUUAGAGUAAUGUUAAGAUCGGAGAAGUUUGGCCUGUGGAGGACUGUUUUGGUACGAGCUUCGAGGGAGGAUGAUGUUUUCAAUCGAAUGUUCAGCUUUGAAUCCACCAGUGUGAGACGAUAAUUAACAACCAACAACGACUGUCUUCAACGUCACGCCACCGUCGCCGCCGCCACGUUGUCGUCAUUCCAGUUAUCUAUCUUCACCACAGGCAGCGGAUACGCUAAUUAUCAUACAAACGGAAUGAGCAAUCCUCUAUCCAUUGGCAAAGUCUCGAUAUCUAACAACCUUCUGCUACGGAUUAUCCCACUGAUUCGCAACGGGGAAUUGAUACUGGAUUAACGUAGGAAAAACAGUCAAAGCACACAUCCAUUUAGUUAUACCUUUGAAAACAGAUCGAAAUCAGAGAACCAAUUGAGCUUAUAAACUUCCAUGAACUGAACAGUUAUAGGAAUAAGUAUAAAUGAGUGCAUUAAAACAAAAAAGACAGUUUGAUAAGAGGAAGAUCAACAGAGCUUUACUAACGAUACAAUUAGUAAGUUUCAUGUUGAAUAAAAAACAGUAAAUCAGCAGUGGUCUUAAAGCUUUUACGGCUAAAUGUAAUGAUAUUAUAUGCCGAUCGGGCAACGUUCAGAGAGAAGUGUAUAGCUUGUCCUUGUAUUUAUAUGUAGUUUUGAAAGUUCGGUUGUACUCUAGACAAAGAUGUAAGCAUUUAACGUUCGAGCUGUUGUUGGUAGCAAUAAUAUAUAGGUUUUGACAAAUCCGUCCAUACGACAGUUACUUCUUGAAAGCUAGUUUCGAAACGUUAUGAAUAUCGACAAACGGACAGUAAUAUUAAUAAAUACAAAUCAUUAAGUUAUUACACACCCUUUCCUGCAUUGCGUUUUACAAAGAUUCUUAGCUUAAGAAUUGCAUAAUUAUAAUAAAUCAUGAUUGAAGCAUAA